UGAUGAAACCAUUGACUGUAUCAUCGUGACCCUACGUCCGUAGACCCUCAAUAUGGACGCUGCCAUCGCUCGAAAGACAUUCGAGCUGAAUAAUAACGUCAAGCAAAUCGAUCAUGUCGAGCAAAUGUUCAAGUAUUCUCGCGAGGAGGAGAAGGCACUCGAUGAUCAGGCGCCUUGGAAGACUGAUCCGCAUUACUUCCACACCGUGAAGAUCUCAGCGGUCGCGCUGAUCAAGAUGGUCAUUCACGCUCGCUCAGGAGGCAUCUACGAGAUCAUGGGCGUCAUGUAUGGCAAAGUCAAAGAUGGAGAGUUCUGGAUCAUGGAUGCAGCGGCGUUACCGGUCCAAGGGACAGAAACGAGAGUCAAUGCGGGUCUCGAGGCUUCCGAAUAUAUGGUCAGGUACCAGAUGGGCAGUCAAGAGAUUGAAAAGAAUGAGCUUUUGAGAGGAUGGUAUCAUUCACAUCCAGGUUAUGGAUGCUGGUUGUCCGGUAUCGACGUCAGUACUCAAAAGACCAAUCAAGAGCAUACCGAUCCAUACCUCGCCGUCGUCAUCGAUCCCAAUCGGACCGUCUCCGCUGGCAAAGUGGAGAUUGGUGCGUUCAGGACAUACCCAGAUAAUUACACUCCCUCCGGUUCAUCGUCCUCCCAGUAUCAAUCUAUCCCCAUGGAUAAGAUUGAAGACUUUGGUGUCCAUGCCAAUGCGUACUAUCCCCUCAAGGUUGAAAUCUUCAAGAGCAAGCUUGAUGAACAACUCCUGGACCUGCUGUGGAAGAAAUACUGGGUGGCGACGCUGAGUCAGAGCUUGCUCAUUUCAAAUCGCGAAUAUGCCACUUCGCAGGUAUCUGACCUCGCCACCAAGCUCGCUUCCGCUGCAGAAUCGCUCAACCAUUCGUCUGGUGGUGGAUUAUCGAUCAAAUCCGCCCAUGAACACAAAGGCGCGAAGGGCGACGACACCAUCAAGGGCGACAGGUCAAAGACGACCAUAGAGAGUGUAGAGGUGCAGGAGACUGCUCUCAACAGAGCGACGAAAGAUAGCACCCGGAUCACCGCCGAAGCUCAUAAUGGCUUGACGGCGCAGAUUCUCAAGCACAGACUUUUCAACACGCCUCUUAACGAGACUCUUGACCCUCACGUAGCUCAGCGCGCUGUGAGAGGGGCCAUGUGAGAUCCUGUAGACGAUUCUUUGCCAUUGUAUAUAUAUCAGCCACACCAAUUUGUAUGCAUCAUCCUUCGGGC